AAGAUAAGUGCGCAUCGACCGAGGCAAUUAUUGUACGGCAAUACAUAUUAUACCAACCUCGCCGUCGACCAAAGCGAGAGAGAGAGAGAGAGAGAGAGAGAGAGCGAGAGGAAGACUAUAGCGAACAGCAGCAAUGGCGUCCGAGGCACGCGUUGGAGAGGAGGAACCCAAGCAGUUGCCGGUGAUCAAUGAGCACAAGAGCCUCCUGAAUAGUGAGGCACUCUACCAGUAUAUUCUGGAAACCAGUGUCUACCCACGUGAGCCCGAGGCCAUGAAGGAGCUCCGACACAUCACGGUCAAACACCCUAGACGUUUUAUGGCUGCAGCUGCGGAUCAACUGCAGUUCAUGAGCAUGCUGCUUAAGCUGAUCAAUGCCAGGAAGACGCUGGAGAUUGGCGUCUUCACCGGCAGCUCCCUGUUGGCCACAGCCCUCGCCCUCCCUGAGGAUGGCAAGGUAUUGGCCAUUGAUAUCAAUAGGAAGUACUUCGAUCUUGGAUUCCCCGUGAUCCAAAAGGCUGGGAUGGCACACAAGAUCGACUUCCGUGAGGGCUUGGCUCUACCCAUCUUAGAUGAAAUCUUGGAGAAGGAGGAGCACAGUGGAUCGUUCGACUUUGCAUUUGUGGAUGCAGACAAGGCAAACUACAUUAACUACCAUGAAAGAGUGUUGAAGCUGGUGAGGAUGGGGGGCGUGAUCGGAUAUGACAACACCAUAUGGGGUGGCUUUGUGGUUGUGCCGCCGGGUGAACCGAUACCUGAAGAACUCCUGAAAACAAAGCCCGAACCAAUCCCUGAAGAAUUCCUGAAAAUUAAGGACUUGACUGUGGAGUUCAACAAGUUCUUGGCAGCCGAUCCACGUAUCGAGAUCUGUCACCUCUCCAUCGCUGAUGGCUUCACUCUCUGUCGUCGCAUCCAUUGACUAAAGUAGAACCUUUUCCUUGUGGUUAUGAAUCUACCCAACAUGCUGCAUGCCUUUGUGCAGGAACAAGAAGUCAAGGUAACAUUCUAGAGUCUCUAUGUCAUUACAGAAACCUAGUGUGAGUGUGUUAAUCUUCUAUGUUACAGAGGUAAUAAAUUGCAUCACUUGUUCUUGUUUGGAACCAUUUUCAAUGAAAACUUAAAUAUAAAUUGCCUGCA